AACUGGACUUAACUAAACAUUCAUCUUCUUACUUCCGCAUCAAGAUUUGAUUGUGAUCGGCUAUGUGUUUAGUUACUAUCCGUUUUACGUUAACUUCUGCUAGACUUUCUGAGAUUUACAGAUACAAUUUUAAUUUUAGCACACAAAUUACAUCGAAUCAUGGCUGCGAUCCCUCCCCGGAGUAGAUCACGGAGCUCAUGUUCCUCUUAUAAAGAGAGAUCGCUGCUAGAAACCCUUCAACACAUGGGGUUUCCUAAAGAGCGGGCGUAAGUAAAAUGGAAUAUGGAAGUUGUUAAAUAUUAGGUGUUUAUUAUGGGUUUUGAAGCUACUGUUAAUUAUAAUUUGAUAAAAAUUCACUUACUAAGCCUAAGCUUAGUCAUGAUAGCCUAAGCACAGAGUGAGUGCCAGGCCAGACACAUAGCAGAUCAUGAAUCAUAGUCAUAGCAUAACUUCUUCUAUUUUAUAAAAUUUAUAAAAAUAAAAGUCGUAAGCCCAGAUACUCAUGAUACUGUUGUAACAAAGGCCAUGUGAAAGAGACAGCCACCAAUGAGGCUGGCUUUGAAAUAGUAAAUUAUCUUUAAUUUAUAUAUUCAAAUGUAACCCUUGCUUAAUUUUAACUAUUUAUAAUAAUUUAUACCAAAUAUCAUUUAUUAAUAUAAUAAUUAAUGAAAUUCUUGGGGAGGGGGGCAUCAUUUUUUUUAAACUGGAUCUAGCAUCAUUGCAAAAUAUUGUGAUUUUGUUUGUUGACUGCUCAGAAUCAUUAUAAAAGAUAAAAUAUAUAUUUUUCAGUGAAAAGGCAAUAGCGGUUACUGGCAAUAAGGGAAUACAAGAGGCUUCAGACUGGUAGGUUAAAAGUGUUCUUUAAUUUUAAUAAUAUUUAAUUAUAAUAAUAAUAACUCCAAUCCACUUUGAUUACUUUAAAUUUAUUAUCUGAGACAACUCUUAUUUCCAUUAUAAGUCAAGGAAAAAUAGAAAAAAACAUCAUAAUUUUAUCAUGUAAUUACUGACAGCCUAGCCAAUAACUCUAAAAAUAUUCAAUACUAUAAUUGAAAUGGCACUCAAGUAUACUAUGUGAUGAAGAGCUGGAUUGACUCACUAAAAAGGAAUCCAAACUAAAAUAAACUGAAAAUCUUGGACAGUCUUACUUAAAAGGGAUUCAAAUUUAAACUGAAAUGAUAAAAGAAUCUCUUACAAUAACAUAAAAGACACAUUUUUUCCAUAUGUGGUGAAGAGUGGGAAGGCUUACACCCCAGACAAUCAAAUUUUGACUUUUAUUACCAACAACCCAGAAAGUCAUGAUUUUAAUCAUGUGACCAUGAUACAACUGGCAUAGCCAUUACAUAUGACAAUAGACAACCAAACACAUUUUUGAACACGUCAUCAACAUUUCUGACCAGCUGCCACUUUGGUGCAAUAAUUAAAAGAUAUAAAAAAAGUGUUGAUGAAUGCAAUUUUGGUUAUGCAAGAUGUCAAGCGAAACAUUUACUACAGCUCUGUUGCUUCAUGAGAUAACUUGAAGAUGGUUCAGGUUUUCAACAAACAAUCUGUAUGGGAAAUUGCAUGGGGACCUGAGGUUGCCUCUGUUCAACCACUGAAUAUUUAAGAGUAUAGAAAUGCAAGUCUAGCAGUGUUGCAGAAUGAAAGAUAAUAAUUGAAUUUUAUGCAAGUUCAUUAAAGAAACAUAUUUGUAAAGGAUUAAUUUGUUAUUCUUUUAAGGCUAGUGUUGCAAUGUAUAUAAAGCAUAUGUUCUCUUCCUUUUAAAUGAAUCCACUAAUGUGGCAACAUAUUUUAUAAUUUUCAUGAAUUAGGCUUCUGAGUCACGUCAAUGACCCAGAUCUGGAUAACCAUGAACCACAAGAGUAUAUUUUAUACUUGACCCCAACAGGAGAAUUUUUGAAUCAACUAAAGAUAUUUUGGGAUAACACAUUGCAGGUCUUAGGAUGGAACUCUGCUCACAUCUAUCAACCACAUAUAACCCUUUGUUCAUUCUUCAAGGUCAGUGUUGUUGGUGCCCCAUAAAAAUCCAGAACAUUAUAUGGCAACAGACCUGUUUACUCUUACGAUUUUGGCGUAGAAUGUACGAUUUUGAGGUGUAUACAUUAUAUAUACUGUAUGUUUAUUGUUUUACUAUUAAGAUAAUGUAUUGAAAGCUUUUGUGAUGAUAUUGUACGAUUUUAAGAGUUUGAGGGUAAACAGGUCUGUGGCAAUAUCAGAGACUUGGGUUUAAAAAUAGUGCCACGCAUCACUGGCUUAGAUGACAACUUUGUCUUGAAUAAAUAAUCUCACAUUAUCUAGGAUAAAUGAGUUUGUCUUUAGCAAAAUGCCAUCUAGCAUAAAGAACUAAGCAAAACUUUCACAUUGAUUAUUAUUUUUAAAUACCUGUAUUUUUUUAUCACUAGUUAAAUUAAAAAAAAAAAAAUCUUCUGUAGAUACCAAACAAUAAAAUAAAGCUCAUCGACUCCAUCGUUGCUACAAUUACCCAAGAACUGCAGCUGUGGCCCCCCCUUGGUGCUUUGGGUCUGGAUCUGUUUACGCAAAGCAAGAAUUUCAUUGGAUACUUUGUGAAGAGUCCAUACCACCAGUACAUCGAACAGCUGAUGUUUAAAGUUCAGCAUGAGUUUCUGAAAGCAGGUGAUUUUUUAAUUUAAUAUUCCAGAAUCAUUCUGGCUGCUGUAACUUUACCUGUAACACCAAACUGGAGAGUUAUUUGCACAGACUGUUUAUUUUUGGCUAAACAGUUUAGUUUUUGAACAAACUUUUCAUUUUUAGUCCCGCACCACUUAGGCUGCUGUCUAACAACGUACUGUGGUUGAGAUUUGUGUUCUCACUCAGGCUUCACCUUCUCCCCAAGAAUAAUUUUCUUGCUGGGUUAGUAAGUCCAUUCCACCUAGAAUCUAAUGCUUUGAGUUGGUUGAUGAAUUGAUAGUACUUGUGGUAAAGUAGCUAGACUAAGUUGGUCCAUAUAAACUUUAAAAAAAGAAUUAACACUAUUAACAGCUUUAAAUUAAUAAAGGAAAGAAGGGGACCAACUAAAUAUAUAAGAAGCCGGACCCUUGGAAGAUAAGUAAUAUGUGUCGUAAUCGCUUUUAAUUUUUUAAAAUUCCUCACACAUUUCUCCAAACACCCCCUCCCCCUACCCACCCCAAAUCACAGAAAGACCUUGAUUCAGUAACUUAUAAGAUUAUCAGUUACAACUUAUACCCUUGGUGCAAUAACCUUUAAGGACUGAUUGGUCGCCUCUCUACCUUUUUACUGUAGAUAAUUUGUUUUUCAAUUACUUUGAUUAUCAAUUACUUUGAUUAUCCAUUAUUUUGUUUAUCAAUUAAUUUGUUUAUCAAUUACUUUGUUUAUCAGUUGCUUUUUAAAUUCUGUUACUAAUCGUCGGUCAACUCAUUUUUAAGUUUAUUUUAUUUGUCAUACAGGGAUUGAGAUGAAACCCCAGAUGAAGCAGCUCCACAUGACCUUGGCCUUCCAGUAUGAUGCUGCUAACCAUGAAGUGCUGAUGAAAAUGGCACAUGAUAUUGUGAUCCCAAGUUACACCAAAUGGGACAUUAAAGUGUUUUCUAGGAUCCCAACAUUGAAAACCGCAGAGGUAACUCUAGGAUACUUCAUAAGGAAAUAUUUCCUUGCCAGGUCCACUGUGAGAGUUAAUUUUGAAGAAGGAUAAAUGACAUUGGGAUUUAUGUAUCGCCCAUGUUAAACUUUGAUCAGUUGAAGGGUAAAUUUGCUUAAAGCAAGUUGCAAUAAUUCACUAGAUUUUUUGCUUCAUAUUCAUGGAAUCAAACUUAAUUGUUAUUUAUUAUUUAAAACCAUAUUCACUGAAGACCUAAAAUAAAAACCAUAUGAGAUAAGAUAAGAUAUGAUUCUUUUAUUGAUCCAAACAAAUGGAAAUGUUUUAUGAUUGCAUUGUACAUUUUCAGCAUAUAUAAAAAACAAUUUGAAACAAGGCAUUUGUAAUACAUUUUUUCACUAGCAGCCAUUCCGUGAGUUCUCUUAGCCAUAUCAGGGACUUUUUAGUUCUCAUUAAGAUUUGUGACUUUAGGGGGAGCAUGCUGGUAAAUUUGUACAGAUUGGGUAACAAAAGAAUUUUUAUAUCCUUCAGUCCUCAGCCUGAUGGAAAGAAUUCGUCCCGAACGGGCGGAUCCUAAGUAUCUGUGAUGAAGAGGGUGGGAUGUAUCAUCAAAAAUGUGUUUAAAAUAACAUCUUUCUUCAAAUAGUUCUUCCAGUAAAGGAUGUUUAGUUUGUGUUAUGUUCCUAGCUUUCUUGAUUAGUCGGUUUAUGCUGUGUUUAAUAUCAGACGUUAAAUUCCCACAUCAGCAGGUAAUACUGAAAUUAAGUAGGCUUCCAAUUGUUGCACUGUAGAAUAAAGUAACGACUUGUUUGUUUACACCGAAAUUGUACUGUUUUUUGAGGUAGAACAGACUUUGGUUGAAUUUCUUAUACAGCAUUUGACCGUGCUCAUGCCAUGUUAGCUUAUUAUUAAUUGUGACAUCUAAGUACUUAUAUACCUCUACUUUCUCUACACUUUGAUUUUUUAUGUUGAAAUCUGUAAUCUGGUGUUCUCCCCUCCUGAAAUCAACAACCAUUUCCUUUGUUUUUGAGACAUUCAUCUGGAGAAAAUUUUCAUCACACCAAUUGAUAAAGCUUGUAACUAAGUUGCGGUAGAAGUCUUCUCCUUCAGAUAUUAAGACCUCAAAUAAAUACCUUAUUCACUGAAGAUUUCUAUAUUGUGAACAUUUUCCCUUGCUGGUAAUUAAGUGUUAGUGUAAAAAAUAUUAAGUAAAAAUUAUUCUAUCUUAUCAAAAUUCUAGCAAUUACAAGAAUCAGCUGUUUAAGAAAUAACAAGAACCAAAUGAAAUAUUUAUAUAAAGUGAGAAUGUAAACUCAGCGGAAUUGAAGGUUGCAUCACCACAGUUGUGUUUUUAUACCGAUGAUUGCAAAUAAAAUCAGGAAUUCUAGGUCAAGUCUGCAUUUUUUCAGGGACAAAAUUUUAUUUGUCUGAUUUACUAUAGUAAAAGUUUUAGGCAAAUAGUUUUAUUUAGGUGCCUGCUUUCAUUAAAAUAAUAGCCAAAAUUUGACACUAUUUUUGUGAGAAUCUUUCAUUAAAUUCUUCUAAAGGUGAGGAAAAUCAUAAAGCACUACAAGCCCCAGCAAGAGGAUGAACUAGAGUUGUCAGAUGGUGACUUUGUUUACAUGGAUCCAGAGGAGCACGAGCGCAGCCCUGACGGUUGGUUCAAGGGAACCUCUUGGAGGAUGGGUGUCUCUGGAUUCUUUCCUGGCAACUUCACAAUCAAAUGCUCUCAGAUGGAAAUUUGGACAUUGCACAGGUGAUCCUUGUUUGGUGUGGUCAAAUAAUAAAUAUAUCUCUGAUUUUUCUAGUUGGUCCAGUGUUUUUAUACAAUGGAAGAAGUAUAAAAAACAUAUGCCUUGAAUCAUGAAUUGGCGGAAAAAUGUAUUUAUUCAAAAUAAACUUUUUCCAUGAAGAUGAGAAAAAUAUAAGAGGGAAAACUUGCCAUAAAUAAAAAUCUCAGUUUGUGUGUUAGAUCAAUGUAACAACUUAAACCUUGAUCAACACGAAUCUCCCCAUAAUGUAAACCUUGCCCAACCCUUAUCUCCCCAUAAUGUAAACCUUGCCCAACCCUUAUCGCCCCAUAAUGUAAACUGUGCCCCGCACUAAUCUCCCAUAAAUGUAAACCUUGCCCAACACUAAUCUCCUCAAACUUUAAAUCUUGCCCAGCACUAAUCUCCCCAAACUGUAAACCUUGCUCAACACCAAUCCUCCCAACUUAUCCAAACUAUUUUCAGGUUUGUACCACUGCCAUCAUUGUCUCCUGGAAAUGUGCUAAUUGAUGUUGGUGAAAGGACAGUUGAGCCCCAAGUCUUGUCUGACAUUGGGGACUAUGACAAUUUAUGGGUAUCAGGCCCACAGGAGGUGAAUGACACAAGGGAACUGUAUGCAAAAGUCAGCAAGUUGCCGAAAGCCCAGAGCCAGGAGCCAAGAAAGCUGUUUGUGUUGAGGCAUGCAGAGAGAUGUGACUUUGCAUUCUUUAGAAGCUGGUUUGAGAGAAGCUUUGAUUCACAAGGUAAACAUUUAAAAAAAAAAAAAAUUCAAUUUCUUGACCUUGGAUCUCUUAUACUGAUAUUCUAAAUGUUAACUGCAUUGGAGAAGCAGGAGUGACAGUAGUUUUCUUUUGCAACAGGAAGAUACAUUCGAUUUAAUCUCAACUGUCCCAAGUCAACUGUGGCCAGGACGAACUACAAUGAUUUCAACAAAGACUGUCCCCUGACUGUCAUGGGGAAAGAACAAGCACGCAUAACAGGUCUGGCUUUUAUAUUUAUCAGGUCCGCAAAUCGUUUUCAUGACUCAUUUUUUGAAAAUGGGCCCCACUAGCGUUAACGGCAGCCGCUGAUGCACAGUAUCUACCUGGGUUUUAUGUGGCCCACUGGCAAGCUAUGAUCUGGAGCAGUUCAAUAUAAAUUCACAGAAAAAUCGUUAAGCCCAACAGUUUUGAGAUAAACAUUUUUAUUAUAAACCAAUUAUAGCUAUGAAGAUUAAGGUUAAAGAAUCAUGACUUUAUUCCUUGUGUUAUAGCAUACAAUUUAACAGAUCAUUAUUUAUUUACUUUAACAAUUAUAACUUCAUGAACUUUUGAGGCAUCAAUCAAGCUUGCAGGAUAUAUCAUAAAAAAAACACAAAAAAAAACAAAACCGGUAAAAACGCUUAAAACUAUGUGUAAUUUAACCAUUUUUUUGGAAAAUAUUACUUUUCUGUAUAGAUUUUUUUUUAAAAGUGGAAAUAAUUAAAUGUGUGUAUAAAGGUGAAGCCCUGCGAGAGGCGGGUGAAUCAAUUUCCUACAUUUACUGUUCACCUGCCUUGAGGUGUGUGGAGACAGCACAAGCAGUUAUGACAGGUUGGUUGGAAUAAAUGCAUUGACGACAGAUAAAUUUGUAUUAAACGUGGUUCAAAAAAAGCUCUGUAUCUUUAAAUAUUGAUAUUUAGAGACCUUAAACUUAUCAGUGAAGGGAUUUUAGAAAAUUACUCCCCUUUUUUAAACUCAGCUUUUCAAUGACCUCCCUUCUUUUCCUAUUUAUUUAUUUUAGCGCUAAUAAUUUUAAAAUGAAAAUGUUUACAGCGUAUGGAUCUCAUGUAAAGAUGUGCAUAGAUCCAGCUCUGUUUGAAUGGUUGGGAUGGUACAAGCCACACAUGCCCACUUUUAUGACACCUGAGGAAUUGGCGGACUGUGGCCUAGCCAUUGACACCACAUACACAUCUUCAAUCAAAUUUGACAUGAUCCCUGUCUCGGAGAGCGUAGCAGACUACUACAGGAGGUCUCAGAGCUUUGUCAACCAUGUUCUGAAGAGAACCAAACAAGCUGGUCAGUCAGUAUUUUGACUCUAAUCUGCAUCUCUGAGUUAUGAUUAAAAAAAAUAAAAAUUAUUUGUAUAAUAUUUAUGUUAAGCCAGCAUUCUGACUUAGUGUAACAAUAUUAUAUCGCCGAUAUGACAAUCCUUGGUAGUAACAUUGUUAACUAAUACUUGUAUGGCCUGCCGCUGCUGAUUGAAUAAUUGAUUCAUUCCAGUGUCCACUCCUCAUACUCAUUUGUUUCUCUCUCUCACCAAGAAUGUGAUAACAUCCAAUUGUAUAAUUCACAGCACUUUAUUACAUGUAAUAAACAUGUCAAUAAUAAAUCUUGCUAGGAAUAUAUCCUUGUAACAAUUCUGGGAUGCAAUGAAUAAAUACACACAUGAUCAAUAUUCCAUCUCAUAAUAAUUUAAUAACCCAUACGAGAAAUAAUUCAAUAUGUCUGCCUCUUUUUUUCUCUACUUAACGUGUAUUCUAUCUCCGCUCUAAAACUAGUUCCCGCUUUUCUCGUGAUUUACAUCGUUCUGAUAAAAACUGCGCCAUCAUGUCGUGAGAAUGAAUAUUAGGGUCGUGAGUAUGAAUGUCAGGGUCGUGUGAAAAAUGAUGGUUAACUUGGUCUGUUACACUUAGCCAUUCAGACUUUAAGAAUUUAAAUACAUCUUUACUUGAGUAUAUAACAUUUUUAUUAUAAGUAUUCAUCUCUUGUAUGGAAGAGAGCCUUAUAAUGGCUAUUGCUGAAUGGUACUUUCUAUGGCUGCCAUAGUAUGUCGUGGCAUUAACCACUGUAGACUGAAUGCUGUCUGAUGGUAAGAAGAAGCAAGGUGGGUCUCAGUAGACUCACAGAUGGUAAGAAGAAGCAAGGCGGGUCUCAGUAGACUCACAGAUAGUUAGAAGAAGCAAGGUGGGUCUCAGUAGACUCACAGAUGGUAAGAAGAAUCAAGGAGGGUCUAAGUAGACUCAUAGUUAAACAUUUCAAAUGGACCUGAAAAGACUUUAUCAUUUGCCUGGAAAAUGCAGUAACCGAGAUAGAAGAUGGGACCAUUGGCCUCUGUCCCGCAAAUAAAAAAAAAAAAAAUUUUACUAAUGAUUAAUGUUGAAAACCAUUUUUGUAUCGGACAGGAGGAAAUAUUCUCAUGGUCGCCCACUCCGGGUCCUUGGAUGCGUGCACCAGACAAUUGAGAGGGAAACCUAUCCGCAGUCCAGAAGAGUUCCGCAAUAUUGUGAGAGGCUGCCCUUACUGUUGUAUAUGUUCUGCUGUAGAAGAUGUUGGAACAGGCAGGUGGAACCUAGUGGAGCCCUCUAUACCACAACUGACACAUGGUGCUAACAAAGACUUUAAAUGGGACAUUUUAACUACAACUUAACAGCAUUUUAAGAACUCAUUGCUUUCCAUGUCUGUCUAUUUUAUUUUAUUCAAUAUUACUCAUGUACCAGGGAUUGUUGAUUAUUCUAUUUUGAUUUAGUUUAGUAUCAUAAUUUCCAUAUAAACAAAUAUAUGUAAGAAUAUUACUCAUUAGAAAUCAAUGAUCUAUUAAUUUAAAAAAGAAUAAUUAAAAGCUCAGAAAAUUAGUCACUUUUGAAAUUUUACUCAUAUUUUGGUGCAACAUUAGCUGUUUAGCUGUUUCGUACAAAUUAUAGUUGACUCCAAGAUGUCAUAAUUCACUUAUUAUUGACUUAUAAUUAUCAAAACAAUUUUUUAGUACCCCCAAGUAGUCAUCUGCCAGUGGUUGGGAACGAUUGAUUUAGGAAAUUGAUUUUUGGAAAACUUUAUUUCUGUGUACACAAAGCUUUUUUUUAAGUAAGGGAAAAGAAAUUAUUUCUGCAAUUUACAGCUGCUUUUCAAAUUUUUAAUAAUAAUAUUUCAUUUAGGUCAAAUCUGGCUGAUUUUAAAAAAAAUAAUUUAAAUAUCCCCAGUAUAGUUAUUGUUGAGUACCAUACCGGUAAUUAACGAUUAAACAGUGUUUUUUAAAACAUUUCUAUGAGAAACAAGCAAAUUUAUUUUCCUAUCUGUUUUGUUUCAUUAAGAACAAAUUUUUUUCAUAAUGCUUCUCUGAAAUGUACAAUUACAAAUGGCCAUACUGUGAAUUAAUAUGUUUUUUGCGUGAAAAUACAUAGCUAUGGUAAACUGUCUUUAUAUUGUUCUAUUGUGUCUAUUAAAGGGUCCAAUGCACUAAUCGAAUAUACAUUUUAUAACAUUUUUGAUAAGCGUAGAGUGCAAUAUGUUUUAAAAUAAACAUAUACAUGUAAUAUACACCUUUGCUUUUCUUCAAGCCUUAAAUAAUAUAACAGAGGAUGUCCCCAUGAUACCAUCAGUUAAGGUGCUAUAAAACAUCCUAUUUCGUAUACAUCAUCAUAGAUUCUCACACUUGGGGGAAAGGUGAUCUCCCUAAUGUGCUACUUGCCAGUAUUACGGUAUAUAAGAAGUAAUUAUUCACAUUUUGUUCCCAAAUGGUCCACAAUUGUUACCCCAUUAACAUGGAGCAUUUAUGAGACACAAGUUUCAUUGAGCCACCUGACACAAACAGUAUUAAAAGAGAUUAUAUUCAUGAAACUAUUGUUUAUUUGAUAGCAAAUUUGAGUUUAUGGAAAUUUUAUAUUAAUAGAUCUAAUGCAUCUGAAAUUAAUUUAUUU